AUGUCGACGCCGCGCCGCCGCCGGCGCGAUGUCGCGUCCUCGGACCACAGCACGGACGCGGACCUCGAUGAACUCAGACGCCGCAGCAGCGAAAUCGAAGGCGUCGACCGCUCCGACGCGCACGAGGCCGCGCGUCUCUCGAAUCUCAUCUUCGAGCGAACGCGCGCGUACCGACUCGCGAUCAUUCGCCCCUACGCCAACGUGCACCGCACCGGCCUGUGGAUCGCGUUCGCCGCGUUCACCGCCGCGGGAUGGAAAGACGUCCGAAGCGGCGUGAGCUUAGGGCCGGUGCCGAUACGCAGCCCGCUGGGGUACCUCGUGGCGUACGCGUGGGCGCUGGCGUUCCUCGCCGCCCUCGUCUUCAAGGUGCGAGAUGUCAUCAACCACCACGUGAUAACCACCACGUGA